AUCUAACAUAUUUUUGGAUCUAUAAGCAAUAUACUAUAAAGAAACAAGAGGCAGCCAAAAUUUCUAACAGCCAUCAAAAGAGAGUAAAAUAGUAAAAUGUCAGGUCAAAAUGCACCAAUCAAUCCCACCGGGGAUCCGUACCAGCUCCUCCAGAUAGUCCGAAACCCAGACGGCACGAUAACCAGAGCUCUCGAUAUUCCAGAAACCCCACCCACAUCUGAUCCCAGCCUUCCCAUUUCAGUUCUCUCCAAAGACAUCCCAAUUAACCAAUCAAACAACACCUGGGUCAGAAUAUAUCUACCUCGUGAAGCACUUGAUAGCUCCUCACACCUGAAGCUACCUCUUAUAGUUUAUUGCCAUGGGGGAGGAUUCAUCUUAUACAGUGCAGCCUCAUCUACUGUACAUGAUCAUUGUGUCCGCUUGGCCAAUGAACUACGUGUCAUCAUCGCAUCGGUCGAGUACCGCCUCGCCCCGGAGCAUCGGCUCCCGGCGGCUUAUGAUGAUGCUGUGGAAGCGUUGUACCGGAUCAAAACCACCCAAGAUGAUUGGUUGACAAAGUACGCUGAUUUUUCAAACUGUUUCAUCAUGGGCAUGAGUGCUGGGGGAAACAUAGCCUACCGUGCAGGACUACGUGUAGCUGCGGAAGCUGACCAUCUCGGGCCUUUGAAUAUCCGAGGGCUGAUAUUGCAACAACCAUUCUUUGGUGGGACCCAAAGGAGUGAGUCAGAGUUGAGGUUGGUCAACGAUCCAACGUUGCCACUGUGUGUUACUGAUCUGAUGUGGGAGUUGUCUUUGCCAAUUGGGGUUGACCGUGAUCAUGAGUAUUGCAAUCCAACGGUGGGAGGUGGGUCUAAGCUGUUGGAAAAUAUAAGGUUGCUGGGAUGGAAGGUUUUGGUGACUGGUUGUGAUGGGGACCAUUUGUUUGAUCAUCAGGUUAAGCUGGUGAAGCUGUUGGAGGAACAUGGUGUACACGUGGUGGGUCAUUUCGGUGUUGGAGGUUGCCAUGGGGUGGAUUUUCAUGACUCCUCUAGGGGCAAGGCAUUCUUGGAGCAAGUUAAGAAUUUUAUAUUAAUUUGAUUACACAAAUGAUUAUGUUUUUUUUCUUCUAAGCCAUGAGUCAUGGUGAUUAUUGAUUUAAUUGUGUUGCGUAAUGGUGGAAUUCUAGAUUAAAAAUGGCCCUUCCUUUCUUUGGUAAUUUUGACAAAAGGUGGAGCAUGACACGGAGACAAAAAGUGUGAAAGAAAAUUAAUUUUAAAAAUAAAAAUGUGAAGAGUGAUUCAAUCA